AUGUCUUCACUCUCCCUUGCUUCUUCGGCGUCCAUCACAAUACCCACUGGACCUGUCACUCCUCCAGAGCCCCCAUCCGUUGAAGGCCAACGUCUCACGGCUUCCACCCUUAAACCCACAUUUGAAACUCUCGGGCCAUCUUCAUCCUCUACACGCGUCUCAUGUUUCUGGGAAUCUUCCGUUGGGGAACGUCUCUGGGACCGGUAUUCCAACGCCACAUCAUGGAACUAUACACCGCCCACCUUCACUCAUUCCAUCGCACAGUCACAGAUCUCUGGUGGAGGACACGGAGUCUUCGCGACUCAGGAUAUCGAUGCGGGAGAAGUGGUGAUUGAAGAGCGGUCGUUGUUAGUAACGUUUGGGUUUACGCCGGAGCGGAGAGACCGUGAGUUAGAAGAGAGGAUUUUGGCGGGCAUGUCAGUCGAGGGAAGGAAGGCCUUUUUGAGUUUGGGGAACGCGUUUGAGAGUAGUGAGGGGAAAGUUUUUGGGAGAGUGUUGACGAACGGGAUUGGAAUCGGGACGUUGGAAGGAAGUAAGAUGGAGGGAGGUUACGUUGCUGUGGCGGAACAUAUCGCUCGAGUCAAUCAUAGCUGUCGACCGGCCACGUCCUGGCGCUUUGACUCUACCAACUUCACGCUCCAACUUCGAGCCUUACAGCCUAUCACCUCCGGCUCCGAGAUAACUACCUCGUACAUCGACAUUCUCCUACCGUCGUCCAGCCGACAAUCCGAGCUCCGACGCAAGUACGGCUUCACCUGCUCGUGCACAGCAUGCACCCUUCCACCUGCAAGCAGGGAAUUGAAGUACAGUGACAUGUCGAGGUCGCUUCUCAAAACAUGGGCAAAGAAUAAUGGAUACGACGUGCACGAGAAGGAAUUGAGGGCUUGGGUAUCUCGAGCGAGUUCUAUGGAUGGAAAGGAUAGGGAGAAGGAGGAUAUGAAGAUGAUUGAUCGGUAUCUGAAUAUGGCGCGCACAAUGGAACGAGAGCAGACGUGGCCUGCGGACGUAUGGACGAGGGUGCUACAGCCAUUGGUGAAGGUAUAUUGCGCACUCGGAGAUAAGGAGAAUGCAAUACUUUGGGCGAGGGUGGCAGAGCAUUUGGCGAAAGUGGCGACUGGACACGAUGAAGGAUGGUCGAAGGUGGCGGAGAAUCCUGAGCGGAGUGACUGGUGGGGCUUGGUGUUUUAG